AUGAAAGUAUAUCCGGCUUUCGCUCCCCCAGAAGCAAUAUCUCCAACCCUCUCAGACCUGUAUAAACGGGCCACCCAAAUCCAAUACGUCGAUUGGUACGGAAUAUGGAUUGCUGCCUUGCUGGGCGCCUGGCUUCUCACGCGGUUGGCGUACCAGCUUGGGGGGGGGGGGGGGUGGUGGACUGUCCAACGCCACAUCGCGACCUCCCUUGGACGGCGUCUCGGCCGCGAGUUGCCGUGGCUUCUCCAGAAUAUUGACAUCGCCACCGCUCUCGCGGCGAUCUUAGUUGGGGUGCUCUUGGGCGCCAACAUUGUCCUUCUACUCGUCUCCGCCCAUGGCUGGGCCGACGUCCAGCAACGUGCGGCGAAGCUCGCCGUCCUGAACCUAUCGCCGUCCUGA